UUGCAGCAUUGCCCAGGUCACGUUCAUCGUUAAGCCGUCUAAUAAAUAUGGGUAGCUUUAAAUAAAAUGCGCACACUUCAUAAUUUGGUUGUGGUAUACUGUCUUAAGACGUGUUUUGUUGUACUGAUCUCCUACAAACGUUUGAUAUGAUAAAGAAUCGGACAUUUCUUACAAUUGCAUUUUCUGCAGUCUUUUAUAAAAAUGGAAUACGUGUUAUGACAACAAGUGCCGCGAAUCCGAAAAUCAUUGAUGAGAUAAGAACAACUAUUACUCGAAAAUCACCCGGACUGAAUUCACCUAUGAAAUUAUGGUGGGCAAAGCAGGUGACUGAGGACUAUUUCGUGGCGGGAAGACUGAGUAGACGACAGCUGCAGUAUGCAUCAGAGGGAGGAUUCAAAAGUAUCAUCUCUUUAUUCACGUAUAAAAACCACAAGGACUGCUGUCUAGGAAAGGAAUAUCUGCCUUCAACAAUCGAAAUGGCUUCCCAUGCAAAAGAAGUUGGACUUCAAUUUAGGACAGUCUUGGAUGAAUCAAACGGUUCCUCAUCAGUCGACUUAAAGUUGGAGCAGUCAUUAAGGAACAUCCCUAAGCCUGUUCUACUGUUUUCAGACCGAGGCCACAGUGCAACGUAUGCGCUGUUUAUGUUUCUUUUGAAAAACUCGAUCGAAACCACAGACUUUUCUAUGGACAAAGCUGUUGCAAUGAGUGAAGUGCUAGGGAUGGACUUGAGCAUGAAAUGUACCAAUCAGAAACUUUGCAAAGUGGCAGGGGAAAAUCUCGAUUUUCCAAAGUUAAACGUUUUACCAAAAAAUUGGUUGGAAUAUUGGCCUGCAAUUCCCGUUUACAAAAAUUGGUUUGUGGCGGGACAAAUUUUAGAAUCUCACAUUCCUCUUAUUAAAAAAGCGGGGUUUAAAUCAGUUGUAAAUCUACGUGCGGGAACAACUCACAAGGGCAAACCCUCGCAGGAAAAAGUCAAUCUUUUGAACAUAGAAGACGGUCGCAGAGCUGACGUUGAUGAAUAUGUUGGUGCGAGACAAAGUCUGCUAAGACAAGAGAUGAUUGAUCCCAAUAAUUCAAAUUCUUCACAACAUUAUGCGAGUUCGAAUCUCGAAGAAUUUGGGGACACUAUUGGAUAUAACGAGGAAAUGGAGAGGUCAGCCUUUCGUAAGGCAGGAUUUCCAUAUUACCAUCUACCAGUGGUUAACAGCGAACCCUUCUCCGCUGAACUAUUUGCCUUGUAUGAACCUGAACUGAUGGACGCCGUGAACAGAGGACCGGUUCUAGUACAUUGUGCCAGUUCUAAACGAGCCGGAUAUGUUGCUGUUUUAGCGGCCGCUGUGAAGAACCAACAAGAUCUGACCUGGGCGUUGACCAGGUUGUCAGAAUUAGGACUAGCCAUUAGUCCCAGUAAAAAACCAGAUGUAUACGAGAUGUAUACCAAAGUACUGUCCAAGGAAUGGAAAAACAAGUACCACCAAAAGAAUUCUCAGAAAAACUGUGGACAGUGUAGCAACACCUGAUUGUUACCUAGGGUCUAUUCAACCGAAAGUUCAACUCUUACAUUUCAGAUUUGAUAGUUGUGAUAUUUAUGGAAAAUUUAGGAAUUUUAUUUUUUCAGCUAUAUAUAUACACCGAUCUAUACAUAGGGAGAGUGUCAGAGAAUAUUGGAUUUAUACGAAAUGAUAUAAUACUUUGUAUACUGAUGGUAUUGUGUUCAGCUUGAAAGUAUAUAUUAUUCAUGUCUCUUUUUUUCUGCAUGCUUUUAUUAGAUCUCUGCUGCAAAUGAAUACUCAUGAUGUGCGUUUUACACUUUUUUAAUUUAUUAAAUUGUGUUUUCAAAAGUAAAA